GAGAGAGAAGAGGAGAUUAAAUGGAAAAUUGGUGUGUUGUAAAGCUCUUGCAUUUUCUCUUGGAAAAUGGCAAUGAGGGUUCUCCCAUUCCCAUCUACCAAGAAAAAACAAAAAGGAGAAACAAAUCGAAACCAGAGAGAGAGAGAGAGAGACAAAUAGUGCUCUGUUGAUCUUCAUUGCUCCAUGCUUUUCAUGAACAUCAAGCAUUAUACAUCGUUUUGCAACGGGAUGAACGCUUAAUUUCCUCUUCUUUUCGCUUUCUCAAUCUCCGCCAUUAUCCAAGAUCUCUCUCUUCAUCAAUCCUCCUUCUUUUCCUCUCUCUAGUGAUUAUUUUGAUUUUGAAUGUUGCGGUUUCGUUUUGCUUUUCUGUUCAUCAAACCCUAAAUCUUUCUCUGCUUCUUUCCUCUGUUUUUAUGGCUUUCUUUUCUCUCUUCUGCGAUUCUUGACUUUCUUAAUGUUUGUUGAACUUGAUCCGUUUCGUUUUCUUCGAAUUGCGUUUUUCGAUGGACAGGAUUUUUGUGGAUCUGACAUUCUGUCGAUGUCCUCUGGAAUCUCUGUAUUUUCCAUCUUGAAUUUGGUUCUUGCUUUUUGAUUCGUUCAAAUUCAUGGCCGAGACAUAGGGUUCGUUUUGGUUACUAUUUUGGGCCUGUAGUGAUUGAAGUUUUCUUUCUGGGUUUGAUCUUUCCCUUUGAUUCGAUUCUUCACAAUGCUCAAGCAGAUCUUCAGCAAGCUUCCUCGAAAGUCAUCUGACUCGUCGGAUUCACCAAAAACGCCUCGGUCAUCGUCGAAUCGUUCAAGUCCGAGAAGUAGCUCUACAUCCUCCGCCCAUGGGACUCCGAAAUCAAGCAGUGGCGCUUCUGCCUCUGGCCGGUCCAAUGCUACCAAGAAAACUUCUUCUGCAGUCUUCCCUGCGAGCCUCGUGGCCGGAAUCGAGCCGCUGGUGCCUUUCAAUGACGUGCCCUCGUCUGAGAAGAUGAACCUCUUUGUGAGUAAACUGAGUCUUUGCUGUGUUACCUUUGAUUUUACCGACCCCAGUAAGAACUCCAUUGAAAAGGGUGUUAAAAGGCAAACGUUGGUUGAAUUAGUGGAUUUUGUUGGAGCUGGAACUGUGAAAUUCAACGAACCUGCGAUUCAUGCAUUGUGUAAAAUGUGUUCUGCUAAUCUGUUUAGAGUUUUCCCACCGAAUUAUCGGUCUAACAUGAUUGGUGGCGGCGGCGGCGGUGGUGGUGGUGAAAAUGAUGAUGAUGAGCCCACAUUUGAUCCUGCUUGGCCUCAUUUGCAGCUAGUUUAUGAUUUGCUGCUUAAGUUCAUACAUUCUUCAGGUGUUGAUGCUAAGGUUGCAAAGAAGUAUAUGGAUCAUUCGUUUAUCUUGAAACUGUUGGAGUUGUUUGAUUCAGAGGAUCCCAGAGAAAGGGAAUGUUUAAAAACAAUUCUCCAUAGAAUCUACGGGAAGUUCAUGGUUCAUCGGCCUUUCAUACGAAAGUCGAUCAACAAUAUAUUUUAUCGAUUCGUAACCGAGACCGAACAACAUAACGGCAUUGCUGAGUUGCUGGAGAUCUUUGGGAGUAUAAUCAGCGGGUUUGCUUUACCUCUUAAAGAGGAACACAAAAUCUUCUUGUGGAGGGUUUUGAUUCCUCUGCAUAAGCCAAAAUCUGUAGGCGCCUACUUUCAACAACUUUCAUACUGCAUUAUGCAGUUCGUGGAGAAGGAACCGAAGCUAGCGAGCGUCGUGGUUAAAGGACUGUUGAAGUAUUGGCCGCUUACGAAUAGUCAGAAAGAGGUGAUGUUUCUGGGUGAGUUAGAGGAGAUUUUGGAAGCAGUUAACAUGUUGGAAUUCCAGAAAGUCAUGGUUCCUUUGUUCUGGCGCAUAGGAUGCUGUAUUAACAGUGCCCACUUUCAGGUAGCUGAAAGGGCCCUUUUCUUAUGGAACAACGACCACAUCGUGAACUUGAUUGGACACAACCGACACGUGAUAUUGCCCAUCAUACUUCCCACCUUAGAGAGGAACGCGCAGAGCCAUUGGAAUCCAGCAGUGGUGAACCUGACCCUUAACGUUAGAAAGAUAUUCAUGGAGAUGGAUGAUGAGCUAUUCAUAUCCUGCCAUGCACACUUCAAGGAGGAAGAAGCAAAAUUAACCGUUACAGCAACGAAACGAAAGCAGAUAUGGGAGCGACUCGAGGACGCAGCAGCCAAUGUCCAACCGAUGGCUGGGAGAACUGCCGUGCUGGUAACUCCUUUAACAUCCUCAAUAGCCUGCUGAGUCUGCCUCCAUUGAUAACAAAACAUGAAAACUCAUUCAAUCUCAAUCUCACUCUCAAACCAGUCCCCCCACCCCAUGUUUUUUUCUUUCUUUGUGCCUGUUUCUUCCAUGUGGGUAUCUCUGCAAUGAGGGUGGAAAUAUCAGAGGGAAGAGGGGACAUGGUUGCUUGUAAUCUUAUUAAGGGUCCUGUAAUUUCCCUGUCGUUAUAUGAUGUCGGAUAUCUUAGCUUCUUCGCAAGUUCCUUGCACUGCAUUUCACUUA